UAUGCAUUAAAACGAAUCUAACAAGAUCUUACAUGGAUAUAUUUUAUUAUUUAUAUAUGUGUUAAAAAUCUUAAUUAAAUUUUCUCUCUCUAAAAUACAAUAUUUUAAAUGGAAAGAACAUUAAACAACAAGUACAAUAAUAAAUUUUUUUCAUGGAAAAAGAUCUGGUAUUAUAUGCCGAGAAUUUUCUGUGCUUAGCUAUAAGGAGUAGAAUAGCUACCCAUAAAUAAUUGCACAUGUUCUCUAUCCUCUCUCUUCUAUGUAAUUCUAGGUCGUUUUCUUUUGGCAUGAGCUCAUAAACGCACACAACUUGCACGGGAGCAGCUGGAGCUGUACCAAUAUUAUACUACUACACCAACGCUGCCUGCUGCCUGCCUGUCAUACACUAUAUAAUGUUUUUGCAACACUUACUGUCAACUGAUGAACAUUUGCCAAACUCUUCUACUCUUUCUCUUCAUAAUAAUCAAUUUACAACUACUUUCUUGAAUGCCCAUAUGGAUAAUUCUUCUAAUCCAUCUCCUCUAGAAAGCAUUUGUGAAGAAAAAACAGUCGCUUUAGAUAAGAAUACAAAUUUGUCACUUGAAUUCCUUCCUGUCGUUCGAUCAGGAGGGUGGUCUGAUAUUGGAGGGCGUGAUUACAUGGAAGAUACGCAUGUGUGUAUUUCUGAUUUAGCUAAGAAGUUCGGCUGUGAUAUACUUGACGAGGAAGCUGUGUCUUUCUACGGGGUAUUUGAUGGUCAUGGAGGAAAGGCUGCUGCCCAAUUCGUCCGAGACCAUCUCCCAAGAGUCAUAGUGGAGGAUGCCGACUUCCCAUUAGAGCUUGAGAAAGUAGUGAUGAGGUCAUUCAUCAAGACUGAUACUGCAUUUGCUCAUUCAUGCUCUGUUGGAUCUUCUGUAUCUUCUGGAACCACUGCCCUCACUGCAAUGAUCUUUGGAAGAUCUUUACUUGUAGCAAAUGCUGGAGAUAGCCGAGCAAUUCUUUGUCGACGUGGAUUGGCUUUGGAGAUGUCUAAAGAUCACAGACCAUGCUGCGGAAAUGAAAGGACUAGAGUAGAAUCGUUGGGAGGUUAUGUUGAAGACGGAUAUCUAAAUGGACAGUUAGGAGUAACACGGGCUCUUGGAGAUUGGCAUCUCGAGGGGAUGAAGCACACUGAUAGAAAGAGCGGACCUUUGAGUGCAGAACCCGAACUGAAACUUAUUACAUUAACAAAAGAAGACGAGUUUUUGAUCAUCGGUUGUGAUGGAAUAUGGGAUGUGUUUAGUAACCAAAAUGCGGUGGACUUUGUUCGAAGACGACUUCAAAAGCACAAUGACGUGAAGUUAUGCUGCAAAGAGCUAGUAGAGGAAGCCAUUAAGCGGGAUGCAAUGGAUAAUUUGACAGUGGUUAUCAUAAGUUUUCACUUGGAUCCACCUCCAGCAGUUGUGCCUCAAAAGAUGAAGGUGAGACGGAGCAUUUCGGCUGAGGGGCUUCAAAACCUCAAACUUCAUCUGGAAGGUUAAGAGACAUAAAGUUACAAAUUUACAAAACAUAAUAAUCACCAAAAACAACUAAUUUAUUGAGCUAUUCACAGCUUGUGUAAUGUGUGUACAUAAUUAAUUAUUCUUGAAACUAAGUUAGCAGAGUACUACACCAGAACAGUGAUAUUCAUUUGUCAAUUGGUUCAUGAAUUAUCUGUCUGGACAUAAUUGUCACAGCUACAACU